AUGGUCGCUUGGUCCAAACCCACAGCCGAAACCAGCUUUUUGCAGCUAACUUGCCUGCUGGGCGACGAACCAGUUUUCAUGGUGGACGUUCGGUCGUCGCUUCUUGCUCGCGUCGUCGAACACCUAACAAAGGCAAGACGAAUCAAAAGCCGGGCCGUCGGUCGAAAACUCUGUCAUUACAACUUCACAAACAGACAAAAACGGCAGCAUCUGCAUUCGCCGUCCGUCGAAUUUAGAUAUAUUUAUGGACCAUUUGCCGUUUCGACUGAGGACGCUUGCAAAAGACAAAGUUCGGACAUUUUCAGCGACAUCCGUCGGCGGACGCGGUUCGAAUGGUGGGUCGACUGUGCCAACAAAUUAACGUUUGCGGUCCAGCAGAUCAUCGAAUUCGCGAAAUUGAUUCCCGGCUUUAUGAAGCUUCAGCAAGAUGACCAGAUAAUGCUGUUGAAAGGAGGUGCUUUCGAAGUCGCUUUAAUCAGGAUGUCAUCGCUUUAUGAUUUUACGAAUGACAGCAUACUGUACGGAGGUGUAUACGUACCAGUGCAAUUUUUCGUUUCGGAGGAUCAGAUGGAACAGCGGUUCAUCCAUAACAUCUUCAGUCUGGUCAGAGAGUUGAGCAGCUAUUGCCUGACAGAAGCCGAAGUAGCAUUGUUCAGUGCCGUAGUGCUCAUGUCACCAGGCCGGAGCGGUAUUCGCAACCAGUCAGGAAUUCGUGAGAUGCAUGAACUAUUUUUUGACUGUCUCAUCACAGAGCUGAGAACGAAUCACGCCGUGGACAUCACUCUCAUGCCUAGACUUACAUCUAUUCUGAGUACCCUUCAAGAGCUGGCAGCCCAGCAUAUCGUCGUACUGGCGAAAUUCAAGAAGCUGGCACUCGUUGAGUUACCACCCCUGUACAAAGAGCUAUUCACAAUCGACGGCUGA